CCAUCACUCCCAAUCACCCUGAGUGUCUGGCGCCAAUGUUCAAUUCGCCAGUGGCGGCUCAUACGCCGUCCAAGAGGGUAAACAGAGAUAGACCAAGGCCAUCCUCAUCCUCUGUAGCUUCGUCCACUCGCUCGCCUCGACCCGGUGGUACACCUUCUCGCUCGAUUCGCGCUUCGCCAGCCCCCUCGACAACGCCGAGGAGGACAAUCCGCCCUGCGAAGAGCAACCUAGCAACACACGAUGGCAAUGAUGCGGGGGAAGAAAGAAGCAUGUUAGGUGCACCUCCCGCCUCCCUAACAGUUGGAUCGAUUCUCAAGCACGAUGGCUUCAGCGCAGUCACGCUCCUCUCUACGUUGCCCCGCCAAGUCAAUGAAGCACUGCAGAAAGCAGACCCCUACAUCGAUGCAGUCAAGGGCCAGCUCGACGUCUCAACCGGCCACGCCCUCCUCGUCACCGCCUCAAAGACGUUCGUAUGGACCUUUUCUCCGCAAUCAUCGGCCCCCUCGCAGUUCACUACCUGCUACACCUUCGCUUCGUCCCCUUCCUCGUCCUCUUCGCCCUCUUCAUCCAACCUAUCUGCCCUCCCGCACGCCGCACUCGUUCCACGAACGGGCAAUCGAGACCCGGGCCUCGUCCUCGUCUCCUUGGACGGCCACAUCCGCUUCUGGGAUAGUGUAGCCGCUUCUCUCGCUGGGCAAGACCGCUCAUCGCAGCGAGUAGACAUCGUGCUCGGCGCAUCAGAGUCCGUUGUAGCCCUCUGCCGCUGCGAGGCGACCACGUACGUCAUUGCAACGAGCGCGUCGCGCCUCUUCCGGCUCAGCCUCGUAUCUGCUGGAGGGCGACUUCAGCCGCAGCUUUCGCCAUUCAAUCAGACUCGUGGACUGUUCGGCCGCUUCUUUGCCAGUGCCCCUACGUCGGCCAUGCCUGGCUUCGAUGGGCUCAUCGGAUUGGCAGUCUGCCCGCCUGUAGCCGACCAGGGGUACAGGGACGUCUACGCCUUUGGUCAUAGGAUGGUGCAGAAAUGGCGCCUCGUAGAUGGAGGUGGAGAAAGGCUGAUGGCCGAGCAAGACGUAGCAACUAUCAUCGCCGAGGAGAUCAUGCCACCCUCCGAUGCUCAAACCACGCACAUCGACGUAAAUGUCCUCGACGGAGCCUCUCGCAGCGACGGCUCCCUCUCUCUCCUCUACUCGCACGCCUCGCAACCGAACAAGCCCCUCAAGUACGGUAUCGUCACGCUCCAAUCCACCGCAGCCUUUGCGCUCGCGGGCAACACGCCCCUCGACUAUCGCUCGCUCCGCGACCCGCGCCCGUACAGCUCGCCGCACCUCAUUAUCCCCAAUGGAGCCGACAUGGCCUUUGCCGCGUUCCCGGACGUCCUCGUCACAACACUCCUCAGCGGCGAGCAAUUCGAAGACCAUAUCGCGCUCAAGGACAGUGCACGCAACCGCUUCCUGGGUUUCGGCUUUGAAGGUGCAGACGUAGAAGCGGCCGACCCCUCCCUCGCCCCGCUAUCCUGCCUAUCGGCGCAGAGUGGUGCCCUUCUCGUCGAAGUCAGCGUGGCAGCGGCCAAGAACUUCCAGGAGCGACUGAGCCACCCUGCAGAGCGCCAGGCAGCCCUCAACGAUCGCCUGCAGUCAAGACUCGAGCAGGCAGUCUUCUUCGACGUGCUCGACGUGGCUAACCCACUCUCCUUUGGCAUCUCGCAAGCGCAGGCAGGACAGGGCGACUUGGCUGCCGCGAGCGAGCAUAUCAGCACGUCCAUCGUCACGUCUUCCUCCGUCUACCUCGAGACGUUCGUGGACGUUCGUGCCCAUCUGGCCGAUCGUGGUGCCCGCCUUGCAGGCCUAAUCGACGCGCUACGCAGCAAUGAUCUCGUCUCACGCCUUCCCAUGCGCACGCGAUGCAAGCUCCUCGCCGACGCUCAACUCCUGGCAGCCGUGACGGAUCUCUGGAAGCUGCACAACCAACAAAUGGCAGCCGCCAGCUCAUCGUCGCCCUCCUCUGCUCUCAGCAGCGCCAUCGAGGAUGUAAUGAGCGCUAGCCUGGGCAGUGUGGGCGGUUUCGGGUCGGACGCCGUUCGCGCCUUCUUCAAGUCGCACGCGCAAAGCAUCGUUGCCGUCUUCGAGCGUCUACAGCAACGCCUUUCUGCUGCUCCGGCGCAGUCUAGUCGUAUCGAGGUUCGGGCGCGCGAGAUUGCCGCCAUCGACCGAGUCGCCGUGACGGCUUUCCAGGCGGCGCAACGUCUCAGGCAGAGUGGCGUGGCUGCGAACAAGUACGGCGUGACGGUAACGCAGCAACAGGCGGCCGAGCAGACGCAAGCCAGCGCGAUGAUGACCACAACCGGUGAGACGUGGACUUGCAAAGCGAGCAGUCUCGCCCUCCUUGAGGCUCUGUACUUUGCGACUGAGGCUUUGAUCCGGGAUCGUAAGCGCGAGCUGGGCAGUCGCGUUGACCGUGUCGACCAGGACGAAUACGCUAGCGAUGCAGACGAGCAAGGAGCGACACCCUCGUCACUCCAGCUCGAGCUCAAGACGCAGCUGUGCGAGCUUGCACGCUACGCCUUGCUCGCGUACGCGGAGCGCAUCAGCUUCUUGCGACAUCGCGACGCGGCUGGCAUUGCAGGCGAGCAACAUGCGCACCACGGCCAGACCCACCUGGACAAGGAACGCUCCGCAGUAGAAGCCCGCUAUCGUUCUGCCCUUCCGCGCAUGAUCGGCCCUCUCGCCAGCCUUGCCGGUCGUCCAGACAGGGCAUUUCAGCUUGCAGAACAGCACGGCGACUAUGCGACCCUCGUUGCGCUAUGCCUCGACGAGAGCACGGGGGACCCGGCGCAACAGGUCGAGCAUUACUUGCGCAAGUACGGACGCGCGUUUGCGUGGGACCUGUACGGUUCGCUGGUGCAGCGCGGGGAGGUUAGGGAAUUGCUUCGCUUGGGGGAGGGCAAGUGGGGGGAGAUGUUGCGCGAGUAUUUGCAUGCGGGGGAUGACGAGCAGGAGGGGAUCGAGCAGGAGGAAGAGCGGGAUGCGGAUGAAGACGAAGACGAGACUGCCCAGCUCGCCAGCAUUUCCUGGCUGCACGACAUCUCCCUCAACGUGUAUCGCUCCGCGUCGACGACACUACUACGCUCAGCCGUCCGCGCUCCGCACCACAAGCACGACGCCGACGCGACUUCCUCGGCCUUGGCAGAGAGGCAUCUUCUCCUCUCCUUGGGCAAGCUUGCGUACGUUGCCGACCUAGACGAGGCAGCCAUCGCGACCGAGAAGGAGCAACGCGCCAUCGAGCGAAUAGACGAUGCGCUGGACCUCGUAGCCGUGCACUAUCGUCUUCGCGAGCAGCUCGGCACGGAGGAGGCCCUACCGUCUUCGGUGGAUCGACUCUGCGUGCGUGGCCAGGAGGCGUACGCCGCGCAUCUUGCCAAGCUGGGUCGUCGUCUUGUGCAGACGGAGGACGACCAGAGUGAAGAGGCUUGUGGGCCAGACACAUUGGGCGCCGAGGACCUGGUGGACGUCCUUACGCUCGUCUCCCCACCAGCAGGGCCGGACCCACUGACCGCGCUGCAAGUCCUCGUACGCACUCCCGCCGCCUCUGCCGCCACGGUUGCGCAACAGCGUCUCCCCUCUGCUCGUCGCCUCGAGUCCGCACGAGCCGUACUGCGUCGCGCACUCCUCUUCGACGACUGGGCGGGACGUGUUGUCCAGACGCGUGGCAGGACCGAGGAGCAGCAGCGCGAUGUCGUCGCUUCGACGCAAUGGUACGCCGUGGCUGCGACCUUGGCGCAAGACGAAGCGGAGAUGGCUCGUGACCUCUUUGAUGAUGCUGGCGGGUUGGAGGGCGCACUCGCCGCCGGAGGGGAGGCGUGGGCAAGCUGGCUCGAGGAACAGGCGUGCGCUGAGCCCCGCAGAGAUGUGCUGGCUGCGCGAUUCCAACGCGGGCGACAGGCUGGGGUCGACGUCUCCCUCUAUCUGAACGACGUGGACAAGGAUGUUGAGGAGGUGCAGGGUCUGCUUCUGAGUGGUGGCGAUGAUGCGCAGGAGACGGCGCUGUGGGUUCGUGAGGCGGCCAAGAGGGCUUGGAGUGCUGCCGUUGCGGGCGAGGCGUCGAUGCAGGAGUGAGAGCGGCGAGAAUGCAAUGCACAGCCGAAAGGUGCGUGCGAGAUGCCUUUGAUUUCAUUCCUUUUGCU